GUGAGUAGGAGCCAUGUGACUCUGGUGAGUUGGAGUGUGCAGUUGCCUCCUGCUUCAGAGCUACCUGAUCCGAAUACUAAGCAGAGCGAGUGCCGGGCUGAGUGGAGACACCGAAGACACUGCAGAGCAAGGUGCUUUCUCCAGAGGUGUCACAGAACAUGGAGAUUAAAGACCAGGGGGCCCAAAUGGAGCCGCUGCUGCCAACGAGAAAUGAUGAAGAAGCAGUUGUGGAUAGAGGUGGAACACGUUCUAUUCUCAAAACGCAUUUUGAGAAAGAAGAUUUAGAAGGUCAUCGAACAUUAUUUAUUGGAGUUCAUGUGCCCCUGGGUGGAAGAAAGAGCCAUCGUCGUCACAGGCAUCGUGGUCAUAAGCACAGAAAAAGGGACAGAGAGAGAGAUUCUGGACUAGAGGAUGGAAGAGAGUCACCUUCUUUUGAUACCCCAUCACAGCGGGUGCAGUUUAUUCUUGGAACUGAGGAUGAUGACGAGGAGCACAUUCCUCAUGACCUUUUCACAGAACUGGAUGAAAUUUGCUGGCGUGAAGGGGAAGAUGCAGAGUGGCGAGAAACAGCUAGGUGGUUGAAGUUUGAAGAAGACGUGGAAGAUGGAGGAGAAAGAUGGAGUAAGCCCUAUGUGGCUACACUUUCAUUACAUAGCUUGUUUGAGUUGAGAAGCUGUGUUCUGAAUGGAACUGUGCUACUGGACAUGCAUGCCAAUACUUUAGAAGAAAUUGCAAAUAUGGUCCUUGACCAGCAGGUCAGCUCAGGGCAGCUGAAUGAAGAUGUACGCCACAGGGUUCACGAAGCAUUAAUGAAGCAGCAUCAUCACCAGAAUCAGAAAAAACUCACUAACAGGAUUCCCAUUGUCCGAUCUUUUGCUGAUAUUGGCAAGAAACAGUCAGAACCAAAUUCCAUGGAUAAAAAUGCAGGUCAGGUUGUUUCUCCUCAAUCUGCUCCAGCCUGUGCUGAGAAUAAAAAUGAUGUUAGCAGGGAAAACAGCACUGUUGACUUUAGCAAGGGACUGGGAGGCCAACAAAAGGGGCAUAAUAGUCCAUGUGGGAUGAAACAAAGGCAUGAAAAAGGACCUCCACACCAGCAAGAGAGAGAGGUGGAUCUGCAUUUUAUGAAAAAGAUUCCGCCGGGUGCUGAGGCUUCAAAUAUUUUGGUAGGAGAAUUGGAGUUCCUGGACAGAACUGUAGUUGCCUUUGUCAGGCUGUCUCCAGCUGUCUUGCUCCAAGGACUGGCUGAAGUUCCAAUCCCAAGCAGAUUUCUGUUCAUUCUUCUGGGACCCCUGGGAAAGGGUCAACAGUACCAUGAGAUUGGCAGAUCGAUUGCAACCUUAAUGACUGAUGAGGUGUUUCAUGAUGUUGCUUACAAAGCUAAAGACCGUAAUGACUUGGUGUCAGGAAUUGAUGAGUUUCUGGAUCAGGUUACUGUUCUCCCUCCUGGAGAAUGGGACCCAAGCAUCCGAAUAGAACCUCCCAAAAAUGUCCCUUCCCAGGAAAAGAGGAAGAUUCCUGCUGUACCAAAUGGAACAGCAGCUCAUGGCGAAGCUGAACAACACGGGGGACAUAGUGGACCUGAACUCCAGCGAACUGGAAGGAUCUUUGGGGGACUUAUAUUAGAUAUCAAAAGAAAAGCUCCAUUCUUCUGGAGUGACUUCAGAGAUGCUUUCAGCCUGCAAUGCUUAGCCUCUUUCCUGUUUCUCUACUGUGCGUGUAUGUCUCCUGUCAUCACAUUCGGAGGACUGUUGGGAGAAGCCACUGAAGGUCGAAUAAGUGCAAUCGAAUCACUCUUUGGAGCAUCUAUGACUGGGAUAGCUUACUCUCUUUUUGGUGGACAACCCCUUACCAUAUUAGGCAGUACAGGACCUGUUCUGGUCUUUGAAAAGAUUUUGUUUAAAUUUUGCAAAGAAUAUGGGCUGUCCUACUUGUCUUUAAGAGCCAGCAUCGGGCUUUGGACUGCAACCUUAUGCAUCAUACUUGUGGCCACCGAUGCGAGUUCCCUUGUCUGCUAUAUCACCCGGUUUACUGAAGAAGCCUUUGCAUCUCUCAUCUGCAUCAUUUUUAUCUAUGAAGCCCUGGAGAAGUUGUUUGAGCUCAGCGAAGCCUAUCCAAUCAAUAUGCACAACGAUUUGGAACUGCUGACGCAGUACUCAUGUAACUGUAUGGAGCCACAUAGUCCCAACAAUGAUACACUGAAGGAAUGGAGGGAGUCCAAUAUUUCUGCCUCUGACAUAAUUUGGGGGAACCUAACUGUGUCAGAGUGCAGAUCGCUGCACGGGGAGUAUGUCGGGCGAGCCUGUGGCCAUGGCCACCCCUACGUGCCCGAUGUUCUCUUUUGGUCAGUGAUCCUGUUCUUCUCCACCGUUACUAUGUCAGCCACCCUGAAGCAGUUCAAGACCAGCCGUUAUUUCCCAACCAAGGUUCGAUCCAUAGUGAGUGAUUUUGCAGUCUUUCUUACAAUUCUGUGUAUGGUUUUAACUGACUAUGCCAUGGGGAUCCCAUCACCGAAACUGCAAGUACCGAGUGUUUUCAAGCCUACCAGAGACGACCGUGGAUGGUUUGUUACGCCUUUAGGACCAAACCCGUGGUGGACAAUUAUAGCUGCCAUUAUCCCAGCUUUGCUUUGUACUAUCCUAAUUUUCAUGGACCAACAGAUUACAGCUGUCAUAAUCAACAGAAAAGAGCAUAAGCUAAAGAAAGGCUGUGGCUAUCACCUGGAUCUGCUAAUGGUGGCUGUCAUGCUCGGGGUGUGCUCCAUUAUGGGGCUGCCGUGGUUUGUGGCCGCCACAGUCCUCUCUAUCACUCAUGUCAACAGUCUGAAGCUGGAAUCAGAGUGCUCCGCUCCAGGAGAACAGCCCAAGUUUCUCGGCAUUAGAGAGCAGAGGGUGACUGGGCUCAUGAUUUUUAUUCUUAUGGGUUCAUCAGUUUUUAUGACCAGUAUUCUGAAGUUUAUCCCCAUGCCAGUGUUAUAUGGAGUGUUUCUUUAUAUGGGUGCUUCAUCUCUAAAGGGAAUUCAGUUAUUUGAUAGAAUAAAACUCUUCUGGAUGCCGGCCAAACAUCAACCAGAUUUUAUCUAUCUAAGGCAUGUGCCUCUCCGGAAAGUCCAUCUCUUCACAGUCAUUCAGAUGAGUUGUCUUGGCCUUUUGUGGAUAAUCAAAGUUUCGAGAGCUGCUAUCGUCUUUCCUAUGAUGGUGUUGGCCCUGGUAUUUGUGAGAAAAUUGAUGGACUUCUUGUUUACCAAACGGGAACUCAGCUGGCUCGAUGACCUGAUGCCAGAAAGUAAGAAGAAGAAACUUGAGGAUGCUGAAAAAGAAGAAGAACAAAGUAUGCUAGCCAUGGAAGAUGAGGGCACAGUACAACUCCCACUAGAGGGACACUACAGAGAUGACCCAUCUGUGAUCAAUAUUUCUGAUGAAAUGUCGAAAACUGCCAUGUGGGGGAAUCUUCUGAUUACUGCAGAAAACUCAAAAGAAAAGGAGUCACGCUUUCCUUCUAAAAGCACUGAAAGCCGAAAAGAGAAGAAAGCUGACUCAGGGAAAGGUGUUGACAGGGAGACUUGUCUAUGACUUGAUCUUCAAUUUAUUUUUUACAUACAUAUGAGAAGAGUGUCACAAUUAUUAAUAAAACUGCUUUGAUCAUAUAUUGUAAAUCCUCUCCCAUCCCAAAUCUACCUUCAUUCUGUAAGUAGUACAACCGCUGUUUCACUUCUGUGUUUAAUCUCUGAGCAGUGUGACACCCUUGUGAGCAGGUCCAAUAGCUAGGGCAAGACUCUCCCGUGUUACUGCUGUAAGACAUUUGCCAACACAGGAUUCUUGUUGGCAGCGUUCUGAGAGCAAAGCAUUCUUUAAAAAAUAAGUCAUAUUUGCCUAGUUUGUGUUUUCCUACCUUAGUAACCUGAAGAUGCCUGAUAAUUUUAUUCAGAAGAAUUUUGAAAGGUAGUCUUACUUUUUAUUUUUUAUAGCAUAGAAUUAGUGUCUUGUCUAGAAAGGCCCAAGUCAAAGAGUUACUCUGAAAGCAUUUUUAAUAAUUGUAUUUAUGUAUUUCCUUGACUCAAUAUCAUACAUUUAAUACUUAAUAUCUAACUAAUACUUCAAGUCAUUUCAGAAAGAGACCUGUUUAUACCUUCUUAAAAGACAUACUGCAAAGAGUCAAGUAGUGUUUGCUUAGAAUUCAAGUUGUAACCACACAGUCAAGUACUAGACUUAUAUGAAAUGCUUCAGAGAUAUUUGAAGAGUUGUGUGGGGUUUUUCAUUUCAAAUUUUUACCAGAGAUGUGCUAUUGAACUUCUCUCCCAUUGACAACAGUUACUUCUCAAAUAUACCUGUGACAUACAUACUUACGGAAUGCCACAUGGUGAAUCAUUGUAUGUGAAAUGCCAUCCCUGUACAGCUGUUCCGCUGAUAAUGGUCACGUGCUGUUUCAUUUGGGUCCCUAUAUCAGGUUGUCAUGUUAGACCAACAGGUCUCCAAAUGUAACUGUUCUUUUGCAAAGCUCCUUUCCACAUUUUAACUAAGUGCAUGUUGUGGAAACACAGUCUUUGAACUAAAAUUUCAGAUUUUGUUAGAGAAGGUUAUGUAAAUAUUUCAGUCCAUACGCAACAGCCCAACUUUAUUCAGCUUAUUGAAAUGGGAAGGAAGUUGUGGAUUUCUGAGUACUACUGAGCAUAAAUUUCAUUUGACUUCAGAUAAAUGUGAGAUAAUAAAAAUAAAAUCUCAUAGGGCUCUUAAUUCCUAACAAUUAACAAUGAUUGACAACCUUAUAACCUUUCAUUGUCCAAAUUUAGAAAAAUUCAGAGCCUUGUGGCUUUUAUAAACUAUGUUUACUUUAUGUAAAUGCAUAUAAUUGGAAAAUCCUCUUUGUUAUUAAGCUAAUGAGGAUGAAAACAACAAAGCCUACAUUAACACUUAAUAUUUUGAUAUCUUGUGAACAAAAAAAAAAUUCCUUACAAUCCUUUAAGGAGUCAUUUUUUUAAUGAGACAUGAGCCAAAAUUAUGAGAAAAAUUUUCAGUUAGUAAAGUUUGUAUUUAUAAAUGGUGAAGAAAAAUGCAAAACUGUUCCAAAUGUGCUACCUUCGUGUAUGUUGUAAUACUGACACUCCAUCUAAAACAUCCUCACUGUCUAUGACUUGGCAGGUCAAGCCCCAAAGAAGUCUCCCAGUGUCUCCAUAGAGUAAUACCUGUUCUGUUAAAAAAUGACCAGUGAAUUACACUUCACAUGAUCACUGGUGUAACAAUCAUCCUAUGAAAUUCUGUAUUUCUGAGUAUUUUUAUAGUAAUUUUGUUCUUGUGUGAAUUUUAAUGCUAUCUCUAUCUUAAUAUUUUGAAAUCAUAUAAAAUAUAUGAAAAUGUAGUAUAUAUUUACUCCUAAUUUCAGAUUCCUGGU